AUGGAAUUCGUGACAGGAUUGCUAAGAAGUCCUAAAGGAAAUGAUGUUAUUUGGGUGAUAGUUGACAGAUUGUCCAAGUCUGCUCAUUUUUUGGCAAUGAAAGUCAGCCAACCGAUUAGCAAAUUAGCCCAGCAGUAUUUGAAUGAGAUUAUCAGAUUUCAUGAAGUGCCUGUAAGUAUUGUAUCGGACUACGACCCGAGGUUCACUUCUAGGUUUUGGGGAAGUCUGCAAAAGAGUUUAGGUAGUUGGGAAGAACACUUACCAUUGGUAGAGUUCGCUUACAAUAAUAGCUACCACAACAGCAUUGGAAAGGCUCAUAUGAAGCUUUGUACGGACAAAAAUGUAGAUCCCCAGUAUGCUGGACUGAGCAACAAGAAAAAGGGCAAGUUAGGUCCCAGGUAUAUAGGACCGUAUGAUAUAGUAGAAAGAAUUGGACCAGUCGCUUAUCGAUUUGCUCUACCCUUGGCCCUAUCAAACCUCUACGAUGUGUUUCAUGUAUCACAACUUCGUAGGCAUGAGCCAGAUCCCUCCCAAGUAAUGCCAGCUGAAGCUAUCGAGAUUCAAGAAAAUCUUUCGUACGUUGAGAAACCGGUCAGAAUUUUGGAUCAUAGGGAUCAGGUCUUGAGAAACAAGCCAAUUCCUCUUGUACAAGUUUUGUGGAGAAACCCGGUGAGCGAAGAGAUAACUUGGGAGCGAGAAGAAGACAUGAAGCUCAAUUUUUCAUACCUUUUUGAAGACCCUAUGAGUGAGGAGUGA